AUGCCCCUUCAUGUGAAAUGGCCGUUCCCCGCCGUGCCGCCGGUCACCUGGACCCUGGCCAGCAGUGUCGUCAUGGGACUGGUGGGCACCUACAGCUGCUUCUGGACCAAGUGCAUGAACCGCCUCACCGUCCACAACAAGGAAGUGCUGUAUGAGCUCAUUGAGAACCGCAGCCCGGCCACGCCCCUCAUCACCGUCUCCAAUCACCAGUCCUGCAUGGAUGACCCUCAUCUCUGGGGGAUCCUGAAACUCCGCCACAUCUGGAACCUGAAGUUGAUGCGUUGGACCCCCGCGGCUGCAGACAUCUGCUUCACCAAGGAGCUGCAUUCUCACUUUUUCAGCCUGGGCAAGUGCGUGCCUGUUUGCCGAGGAGACGGUGUCUACCAGAAGGGAAUGGACUUCAUUUUGGAGAAGCUCAACCAUGGGGAUUGGGUGCACAUCUUCCCAGAAGGAAAAGUGAACAUGAGCUCCGACUUCCUGCGCUUCAAGUGGGGAAUUGGGCGCCUGAUCGCCGAGUGUCAUCUCGACCCCGUCAUCCUGCCGCUGUGGCAUGUGGGAAUGAACGAUGUCCUUCCUAAUAAACCACCAUAUGUUCCCCGAAUCGGACAGAAAAUCACUGUGCUGAUAGGCAAGCCCUUCAGCGUCCUGCCUGUGCUCGAGCGGCUCCGGGCAGAGAAUAAGUCCACGGUGGAGAUGCGCAAAACCUUGACCGACUUCAUCCAGCAGGAAUUCCAGGGCCUGAAGACCCAGGCGGAGCAUCUCCACAACCACCUGCAGCCUGACAGAUAG